CGUCUUUAUUGUACAAGUAUCUCGAUGUUAUCUCAACGGUACCAGUUUAGUCGUCUUCACUUAAACCCCGUCUCAAUCUCGUCGUGAAACUCUACCAACAUGUCUCGAACAAUCUCAACAAACGAAAUCAUCCUUCAUAACAAGAGCGACGAUAUCUGGAUUGUUGUUAAUGGAAAUGUCUAUGACAUGACAGAAUUUGCACCCGAUCACCCGGGAGGGCCCGAAAUUAUACAUCAAUUCGCUGGGCAAGAUGCUUCUGAUGAGUACAACAAGGUCCACGCACCUACUUUGAUACAGAAAAGCCUCAAAGAGAAACAUAACCUUGGGUUUGUUGAUUUGUCAAAUGUUUCGUCUCAAUGGAAGACGACCAGAAAUGACCCCAGUGUGGACAUGUCUAGUCAGAGUGUCACGAAGCCUCCUUUGAGCAGUAUCAUCAACCUGCACGAUUUUGAGAGCAUCGCUGCCCUGACACUGCCCAAAAAGGCUUGGGCAUACAUCAGUGGAGCUUCAAACGACAAUCUCACACGUGAUGCGAAUUCAGCCUUCUUGAAUAGGAUAUGGCUUCGGCCCUCCGUGAUGCGCAAUGUUGGCACCAUCAACACGAAAACGAGUCUAUUUGGAUGCAAUCUCGACUUGCCUGUCUACAUUUCACCAACUGGUGCAGCUAGAACUGCCGGGCCAGAUGGAGAGCUGGCGCUAGCAAAAGGAGCAGCCGAGAUGGGAAUUAUUCAAUGCAUUGCUACUCCGGCCUCAUACCCACAUGAAGACAUCCUUGAUGCUACGCCCCAGCAUGCCUUAUUUCAACUCUACGUCAAUAAGGACCGAGAAAAAUCGCAGGAUCUCCUACGCCGCAUUUCUGCUUCAGGAAAGGUCAAGGCUAUCUUCGUAACAGCAGACUUACCAGUUGUAUCGAAGCGCGAGGCCGACGAGCGGGCUAAAACGGUCGAUUUCGUUCAAGAAACACAGAUGAGAAAAGACUGGAAAGGUUCCGGACUGGCACGACAAACUGGUUCCUUUAUCGAUCCAACAUUAAACUGGGACGAUAUCUCCUGGUUGCGCCAGCUCACUGACUUACCAAUUGUGGUGAAAGGUAUACAACGCUGGGAAGACGCCAAGCUUGCCAUGAAGAGCGGGUGUCAGGGUAUUGUUCUGAGCAACCACGGAGGCCGAGCGGCUGAUGGUGCGCCCCCAACCAUUGUGCUCUUGUUAGAGCUACAUCGAAACUGCCCUGAGGUAUUUCAAGCCUUAGACAUUUUGAUUGAUGGUGGGUUCCGAAGAGGCUCCGACGUGGUAAAGGCAAUCUGUCUUGGGGCCUCGGCAGUUGGCCUCGGGAGACCUUUUGUAUAUGCUGUCAAUUAUGGGCAAGGUGGUGUGAGCCAUGCUAUCAAUAUCCUGCAAGACGAAAUCGAGACGGCCAUGCGCCUUUGUGGGAUGACGGAUUUGAUGAAGAAUGCCCAUCCAGACUAUGUCAACACAGCUGACAUCGACCACUAUGUUCUGAAACGCGGGCAUCCUUACGCUCAAAAAAUACUCAAACUGAACCCUAGACUUUGAAAGGUGUCUCCGGGGAUAGGACAGGAGAAAUUAAUACACCCUAGCUAGAAGGAUGUUACCAUUGUGUUUUAUUAUGUCAACACCGGGGCUAGCAUUAAAGCAGUAAACAGAUGUAGAG